GUCUGAUCUGUGGUAAAUGCCACGCUCGUGAGUUGGCGGGUAUAAAUUUGUCGCCGCACGGUGUAGUUUGGCACGCUGAACGGCGUUGGCGUGUUGGUCAAGCAGCGAGUGCCACCGACAUCGUCGAACUGUGUAAGAGCGUCCAGUCCAGAAAUGCAAGACUGUGAGGCACAUUGCAAUGACCGUCUCAAGUUUUCCAGGGCAUUUUAGGAGAUCGCAUCGUGGAAGAGAUGCAGCCUUUUGCUUCAGUUCCACAAGCAGUAGGGUAUUUCCGCAUCCGGUGUAGGUCAGUGUCUCCCCCAACCACUGCAAACUACAUAAUGAAAAGGCACACGGUCCUUUCACAAAAGUGGAUGCGUGGUGCAGGCAGUAACCACGGUGAAACAUCGAGGUUCAGUUCAACAGCCACACCACCAGGUCUCGACCCACCACGGCUAACAACAAAAGAUGUCAAAAACGGAACAAGAUCACAGUUGUUUGGAUGUAGAUUGAACGUGUUCCCUUCCCUCCUGCUAAAAUGUUGCACCCUGUGCAGUCAGUUGUUUAGCUGCAGCACGUUUUCAGGUGCAAAGAGUCAGAACCCCCGUGCUUCCCAAGACAUUUGAUGUGGUAUUGACAUGCAUUCAGGAAUUUAUCGCGUUUCUUGAGGUUUUUUGGCUUGCCGCUUUCACAGUUGUUGUCUUGAAGGUGGCUAAACCGAUUUGCUUUGGAGCUGGAAGGCUGGCAGUCAGUCUGAAAUUGUUGGAGGCUCCAUGUUUAACUUUCGUGAAGCAGUGGCGAAAGACAGUUGGAUCCAAGUGGUCGAUGGAAGGUCCUCAAGUCGACGACAGCGUUGACAUGCUUGAAGAGGCUGACCUUGACCAGCGACAGAGGGAGAUGAUGGAUGUAAUCUCAGCAGAGCAAGCAGAGGCGCGCAAGAUCAUGGAUAGCCUUCAACGAGUUGGUCAAGUCACUCUUCUGAGCUUGCUACACGCAUUGCGGACUCACGGCACCUUCGGAAGGAUUUGGAAGAAGUUGAACAGCGACUUGGCCUGGCGAAAGCACGGCCAGAAGUGUGUGGUCACUCGGGGAACCGAUGAUCAAGGAAGGUGGAUUUGUGAGCCUUGGACGUAUCACAUAGAUGCGAAUUUCUCCUCUCUUCUUCCCAAGUACAAGCAAGCCGCAGGUUUGAAUGGCGUGGGUGAGUCAAGGGUGGCAGUUUGUGUCCUCGGCGCACCUCGGACAGUGGUGAAGACCUACCCAUCUACUCGAGAAAAUGUUGCGCGGGCGCUUUCCGCCGAUACCUUCGUCUAUGUGCCAUUCCAAAGCCUUUUGACUCCAGCCUUGGAGGAAGAUUUGAAAGGAUUGGGUGAAGCCGUUACAGCCAUUUUAGUGCCGGAUGUGGACCGUGACACCUUUGAGGCACGGGUGAUCAGCGAGCUGAAAGACCCAAAGUUCAGAUUGUUCUAUGGUAUGGCCAAAGGGCCAUGGAGAGCUCCUCUCUUUCGACAAAUGGGGAGUAGUAUGUGGGGAUAUCAUAACCAGCACGGCUGUCGAAGGAUGGUGGAAUCAUUUGAGAACCAGCGUGGGUGGCAGUAUGAAUGGGUGGUCUUUGCACGAGCGGAAAUGUUCUGGACGCAGAGACAUCCACCUGUUGAGGUGCUGGACCCAGCGUACGUGCACAUACCAAUGGGCCAGGACAACAACAACUACAAUUUCAACCCCCUCAAAGGUGUCAACGACCGUCAUGCUGUCGUUCCAAAGCGCUGGUUCGAUGCCUACUUCAAUCGCUAUCAGUCGAUUCUGGAUGGCAGCGCUUGGAGCUACCUUGCCAGAGUCGCACAGGAAGGGUACAUGAUCAACACAGAGCAAUACUUGCUCCUGCACUUGGAGGCCCACAAGGUGCAGAUCCGGCGCUUUCCGCCCGUGUCAUUUCUGUCACAUUGUACAGAAGGUCCGCAGUGCCAGCACCUGUACAAGGGCACAAACCUUGGAAAGCAACGUUGGACUCCAACAGCAAAGUACUUCACUGAAAUGCUGGAAGCGCGGCGCACUACAGUGGACGACUUUCACAAGGUUCGACGGCUGGAGUCUGGCUGGAUCUGGAUGCCUGUUUGGCCUCACGUGGCCUGGAUCUGGGGGAUCGUGAAGAAAGACGAUCGGAAUGCUUCCCUGCAGGAUAUGGAUCCCAAAGAGCUCCUUGGCUCGGAUGUUGUGUGCGGUUUGUCCAAGCACGGUGCAAUCUCAAGUGGAGUGAUCAGCGACCCGACCGACCGCACUCAGAUGGUGUUCGAUGCUUGUGGCUACUGAUCAGAGGGCAAGGGCAUUACUACUAGUAGCUAGAAGCUACUAGUAACAAGGGCAUUAGUAACAAGGAAUGGACUCGUGUCAG